UAUCAUCCUCAAAAAUCAAUUCAUAUUCAUACCCCAAUCAGUUUCUCUCUCUAUUUCUCCUAAAGUUCAGGGAAAUGGCAAAGAGUUUAUUCAAGCAAGAGCAUGAUCUUGAGAAAAGGCGUGCAGAGGCUGCUAGAAUUAGAGAGAAAUACCCUGAUAGGAUUCCGGUGAUUGUGGAGAAGGGGGAGAGAAGCGAUGUCCCCAACAUCGAUAAGAAAAAGUACCUUGUUCCGGCUGACUUGACCGUUGGUCAAUUUGUUUAUGUGAUACGUAAAAGGAUUAAGCUAAGCGCUGAGAAGGCUAUUUUCAUAUUUGUUGACAAUGCCCUGCCACCAACUGGGGCGAUUAUGUCGGCUAUAUACGAAGAAAAGAAGGAUGAAGAUGGUUUCUUGUAUGUUACCUACAGCGGAGAGAACACAUUUGGAGACCAUUGACAUUUUAUUCGUUUUCUUGGUCUUUUCUUUCCUUGUAUUUGGGAUCUUGUUCUUUUAUCAAGAAGGUACAAUCGUAGAACUGUAUAUAGUCUAAACUCCAAGUGUUUGUCUGUUAAUAAUCAUUUGCUUUUCAUUUUAUUGAUGAAUGUUUGAUGUCUUCGUAUUGAUUUUGAAACGUUUCUUGUUCGUUUUAUAAAAAACCGAGCAAAUUAUGUGA